AUGCUGAAACGUUGGGUAAGUGACUAUGUUGUCACUGAACAUCGAGAUUUACAGGCCAACACAAUGGCAUUGGAUACUACUGGAUCUUAUGUCCUGUUAGCUGGGCGCAGAUUUUUAGCCAUAAAAAAAUUGGAUGAUAGUGAUGAAUUAGAUUCAUUAAAAAAAUAUCCACGACAAAGUAAAUAUGAAGUUGGCUCUGCUGAAUGGAAUCCUACUAUAAGUAAUUAUCAUUUUUGUGCCAUAUCUAGUAACACAAGAAUUGAAAUUUUAAGUGUUGCCGGUAACAAUAAUCAAGAUCUGCCAAUAAUUCACACUUUAAAAGGGCACAACAGAGUUGUUAGUGAUCUAAAUUGGCAUCCUAAGGAACCUGAUAUUAUAGCUUCUUGUAGUAUAGAUACUUUUAUCCACGUUUGGGAUCUGAGAGAUUCCAGAAAACCGUCUCUGUCUUUGUCAGCAGUAGCGGGUUCUUCGCAAGUAAAAUGGAGUCCCUUACUAUCUUAUACGUUAGCCACAGCUCAUGACGGUGAUAUUAAAAUAUGGGAUCAGAGAAAAAGUAAUAGUCCUGUACAAUACAUUGCCGCUCAUUUAACCAAGAUUCAUGGAUUAGACUGGUGUCCAUUUCAACAAAACCAAAUAGCUACCUCGAGUCAAGAUUGCACUGUUAAAGUUUUUGAUAUUUGUAAUCCUCGUAAAGUCGACAGUAUUUUAUCAACCAAUUAUCCUGUUUGGAGAGCCAGAUACACGCCAUUUGGAGAAAGUCUGGUGACAAUAGUUGUUCCACCUCUGCGUCGAGGAGAAAAUAGCCUUUUACUAUGGAACAUAGCAAAUCUAAAUACGCCAAUUCAUACUUUUGUCGGACACACGGAUGUUGUUUUAGAGUUUCAAUGGCGGCAUCCUAAAGUAAACAGUAAUGACUACGAGUUGAUAACAUGGUCGAAAGAUCAAUGCUUGAGGAUAUUCAAAAUUGAUGGGUUUUUAAAAAAAUUAUGUGGUCAUGAUAUGGACGAUGCUACAUCCUUAUAUACCCAAUACUCUGAAGAUACAAAUUUAAGAGCAUUACAAUCUGUUCAAGAUCUUCAACUGAAUGACUCUCAAAAUGAUAAUGAAUUAAGUUAUUCAUCUUCUCAGGUUGAUAUGCAAAUGAUACCUAAUGAAGCUAGUACCAAUUUAGACCAUGACAAAGAAUUACCAUCACCAACCCAACCAAAAACUUUACAACAAGAAUUUUCAUUAAUAAAUAUGAAUAUUCCUAACAUUGAACUGAAUUCAAUGGAUGUUAUAGAAAGAAGUUGUACAGUGACAGCGAGAAACAAAAACUAUCAUGUUAUAUUAAAAGUCAAUUUUCCUGGAAACUAUCCUUAUAGUGCACAACCUACGUUUCAGUUUUGUUCGGGUACUACAGUUGACAAUACAACAAUGGCUAAAUUAUUAAGAGUUCUUAAACAAACUUCGCAACAAAGAGUUAAAAAAAAUCGAACUUGCUUAGAACCUUGCUUAAGACAACUUAUCAUAACUUUAGAACAAACUUGUGUUCCAAGCGAAAGUGAAUCUAAUCUUUUAGAUUAUCACAUUCAGUCUAAUGCUGAUUUUUUAAACUCAACGACUAUUUGUACAAAUUAUCAAGAUAAUUAUAUUCCAUUUCCAAGAACAUCGGGUGCUAAAUUUUGCAGUUUAGGAAUUCUUGUUUGUUUCGGUCGCUCAACUUUUACCAGACGCUCGUUUGCUAUUAAACCAGAUGGUAGUACACCGCGUUCUCUUUCUGCUUUGGGAAAUAGUGGGAAUAAUGGAUCAUACAUGAAUUUAUAUUCCAAUUCAUAUGGUCAGUCUGGAGAUACUAUGUCAAUUAGUUCAUUUUAUUUCCCCGAACGGCAACAAAGGUCAUCAAGAAAAAAUGUUUAUAAUUCAUCUGUAACUCAAAAUCAGAAUUGUUAUAACAAAAAUUAUUAUUCAUUAGUUACUGUGUAUGAUACUUCAUUAUUAUUUUUUGUAAACAAAGAACUUGCUGAGAAGUAUAUCUUAAAUUUGUCAGAAAUUCCGUCAAUGUGUCAACAUAAUGCUAAUGUCGCUUCAUUAUUAAAUCGUCCUGAUCUAAUUCAAGCAUGGUGUUUAUCUGCACUUGUUAUUUCGCCGUUAUCAAAUCCGUUACAAAAUUUAUGUCAAAUUCAAGACAUAGUUUUGCCUUGGCCACUUCAUCCAUUUGGACAAAAACUUGUACAUUCUCUGAUUCAACAUUAUGUAAAUCAAUCAGAUAUUCAGAUGGCUGGAAUGUUGAGCUGUGUCUUUAGCGAUCGUUCAGAAAGUCAUGGCAAUAGUCUGGGAUACUUAACGAGUAAAUCAGUCAAUGUUAGCCCUGGAAGUUCUCCAUAUCACACAAUUCAUCAUGCGGAUACUAGCUCAGAAGGCUGGAGUGUUCAAAACUUGAAAUACAAUCGAUCAAGUUCAUGGUCCGAAUCAUUGGAUGAUUCAAAAACUUUUCCAGAUUCUUUAAAUGAUACAGGCCGCAGUAUUCGAUUAUUGGAUGAAAACAAUACUUUAUUGUAUGACCGUUACAAAAAAGUUUAUGCAGAAGUUCUUCACAGGUGGAGACUUCUUGAUGGAAGGGCUCAAAUUUUAAAACAUGUUAGUGCCUCCCACCUUGACUCGCAGAAAGAUGUUAAACUUCAAAGCGAGUGUCAUCUUUGUAAGCAAACAAAUCGAGAACCACAAUGUACUAGUUGUAAACGCUUAACGUUUCAAUGCAUUAUUUGUCAUAUUUCAGUUAAAGGCCAUAGUACAUUUUGUCUUAUUUGCGGCCACGGUGGGCAUACGCAACAUCUUGCAGCGUGGUUUACUAAUGAAAGAGUUUGUCCAACAGGUUGUGGCUGUGCUUGUCUUCAGGAAAAUGCUUCCUAUCAGUAUUAAGUGUAUAUAG